AUGACUUCGCUCACUUCCUGGAAGCAAACCAUAGUUGCAGCAGGGAUGUCUCGAAAGGAGGCUUCGACUGAGAAACAGAAACCUGAUACUGAGAAAGUAAUUGUAAAGGUCACAAUGGAUGAUAUUGAUGGGGAAAUUGAAUAUUGGAAUUCUUCUAUUGUAUGUUAUGUGUUGGGUGCAAACCCUCCAUUGGAUGUUCUUGAAGGAUUUUCUAGAAGAAUAUGGAAGGAGAAAGUGGAUAAGGCUGGGCUCCUCUCAUAUGGCAUUUUUCUGAUUAGAUUCACUUCAGUUGAGACAAGGGAUAACAUUCUUAAUGGAGGCUAUACUUUCUUCAACAAGAGGCCGGUGAUAAUGAAUGCAUGGGAUCCGGAUACUAAUUUCAGAAAAGGGGAUAUUCUUAAGGUUCCAAUUUGGAUUCAAAUCAAAAACUUGGAAUUGAAAUAUUGGGGCCAAAACACUUUGUUCAAGAUUAUAGGGCAGAUUGGAGAGCCUAUAAUGGUAGAUGAAGUCACUAAAAUGACGCAAAAACUCACUUUCCCUAGAAUACUUGUUGAAGUUUCUAUGGAACAAGAACUACCAUCGUCUAUUGCGUUUGAAGAUGAGCAUGGCUGUAUUACAUCAGGUGAAUUGAAAGAGGAUAUUGAGGUGAGGUCUGGAGCUGAUACAGAUGGAUGUACAACAACAGGAACUAAUUCUGGUGUGAAUUUAAAUACUAAUUCUGGUGUGAAUCCUCCUGUUGCAGCUGCUGAAAGUCACAAGGGGAAGAAACCAGUGGGACUUGCGGAUAAUGAUGGAUUUAAACAAGUUCACAAGGGUCUGAAAGUUAAUGGUACUACAAAGGCCGAUAGCACCAGCACCAGAAAUGCAUUUAUUCUCUUACAGAAACAAGAACCUAAAGAAAAUGAGGGCACAGGAAUACUAGCAGCAACUCGAGAUAAGACAAGAGGAGGGGGAGUGCCUCCCAACCCAAAUGGAUAG